AUCAUGGGAGAGAUAGAGCAGAAGCCCACCCCGGCAUCGCGCCUGGGGGCCCCAGAGAAUUCGGGGAUCAGCACCUUGGAACGAGGACAGAAACCGCCACCCACGCCUUCAGGAAAACUCAUGACCGUCAGAAUCCAGAUGCUGGAUGACACGCAGGAGACCUUUGAAGUCCCGCAACGAGCUCCGGGGAAGGUGCUGCUCGAUGCCGUCUGCAACCAUCUCAAUCUCAUGGAGGGCGACUACUUCGGCCUGGAGUUCCCUGACCACAAGAAGAUCAUGGUAUGGCUGGACCUCCUGAAGCCCAUUGCAAAACAGAUUCGAAGGCCAAAGCAUGUUGUCGUUAAGUUCGUGGUGAAAUUCUUCCCACCCGACCACACUCAACUCCAAGAGGAACUCACAAGGUACCUGUUUGCUCUGCAGGUGAAGCAGGACUUGGCUCAGGGCAGGCUGACGUGUAACGACACCAGCGCCGCCCUCCUGAUCUCACACAUUGUACAGUCCGAGAUUGGGGAUUUUGAUGAAGCAUCGGACAGAGAACACUUAGCAAAAAAUAAGUACAUACCCCAACAGGAUGCACUAGAAGACAAGAUCGUGGAGUUCCACCACGGCCACAUUGGACAAACCCCAGCAGAGUCGGAUUUCCAGCUCCUGGAGGUGGCCCGUCGGCUGGAGAUGUACGGAAUCCGGUUGCACCCUGCCAAGGACAGGGAAGGUACCAAGAUCAACCUGGCUGUCGCCAACACGGGAAUCCUAGUGUUUCAGGGUUUCACAAAAAUCAAUGCUUUCAACUGGGCCAAGGUGCGGAAGCUGAGUUUCAAGAGGAAGCGCUUUCUUAUCAAGCUCCGACCGGAUGUGAACAGCUCCUACCAAGACACCUUGGAAUUUCUGAUGGCCGGUCGAGACUUCUGCAAGGCCUUCUGGAAAAUCUGUGUGGAGCAUCAUGCCUUUUUUAGACUCUUCGAAGAACCCAAACCCAAACCAAAGCCCGUUCUCUUCAGCCGGGGGUCGUCAUUCCGGUUCAGUGGUCGGACUCAGAAGCAGGUUCUGGACUACGUUAAAGAAGCAGGCCACAAGAAGGUGCAGUUCGAAAGAAAACACAGCAAGAUCCAUUCCAUUCGGAGCCUUGCUUCACAGCCCACAGCGUCGAGUGCAGAAGUGCCAAAACAGUCUCCACAGAGCGCCAGCUUUACGUUUGGAGAAGGUUCUGAGUCUCCCAGCGGCCAGAGCUGCCAGCAAGCCAAGAGAGCAAAAGUGUCUGCCUUGGAGUCGGGACCGCACCACAGCCCUACCCUGUCUAAGAGCCCUCGGGGGAGCAAAGCCGCAGACGGAGCCGCCAUGGCGCCGCCCGAGGAAGAGGAAGAGGAGGAGGGUGGCAAGGAGGGCGCCCAGCCAAGUAAACGUCAGCCCCCGCAGCCAAGCACAGGCUCCCUGACUGGUAGCCCUCACCUUUCAGAACUGUCCAUCAACUCGCAGGGUGGAGUUGCCCCAGCCAACGUGACCUUGUCUCCCAACCUGAGUCCCGACAACAAGCAGGCCUCCCCCUUGGUCAGCCCGCUCCUGAAUGACCAAGCCUGCCCGAGGACUGACGAUGAAGAGGAGGGCCGGCGAAAGAGAUUCCCAACUGACAAGGCCUACUUCAUCGCCAAGGAGGUUUCCACCACGGAGCGAACAUACCUGAAGGAUCUUGAGGUCAUUACUUCGUGGUUUCAGAGCACGGUCAGCAAAGACGACUCCAUGCCCGAAGCCUUGAAAAGUCUCAUCUUCCCAAAUUUUGAACCUUUGCACAAGUUUCAUACCAAUUUUCUCAAGGAAAUCGAGCAACGACUUGCCCUGUGGGAAGGCCGCUCAAAUGCCCACAUCAGGGGAGACUACCAAAGAAUCGGGGACGUCCUGCUGAAGAACAUACAGGGGAUGAAGCACCUGGCAGCCCACCUGUGGAAACACAGUGAGGCCUUGGAGGCACUGGAGAACUCCAUCAGGGGCUCCCGGCGGCUGGAGCACUUCUGCCGGGACUUCGAGCUGCAGAAGGUGUGUUACCUGCCACUCAACACCUUCCUCCUGCGCCCUCUGCACCGGCUCAUGCACUACAAGCAGGUCCUGGAGCGGCUGUGCAAGCACCACCCUCCUAGCCACGCUGACUUCAGGGACUGCCGAGCUGCACUGGCCGAGAUCACAGAGAUGGUGGCACAGUUGCAUGGUACGAUGAUCAAGAUGGAGAACUUCCAGAAGCUCCAUGAGCUCAAGAAAGAUCUGAUUGGCAUCGACAAUCUUGUGAUCCCUGGAAGGGAGUUCAUCCGCCUGGGCAGCCUCAGCAAGCUCUCCGGGAAGGGACUCCAGCAGCGAAUGUUCUUUCUGUUCAACGAUGUCCUGGUGUACACCAGCCGGGGGCUGACGGCAUCCAAUCAGUUUAAAGUCCACGGCCAGCUCCCGCUCUAUGGCAUGACGAUCGAGGAGAGUGAAGAGGAAUGGGGUGUGCCUCACUGCCUGACCCUGCGGGGCCAGCGCCAGUCCAUCAUCGUGGCCGCCAGUUCCCGGCCAGAGAUGGAAAAGUGGAUGGAAGACAUCCAGAUGGCCAUUGACCUGGCAGAGAAAACCAACGGGCCCGCCCCUGAGCUCCUGGCCAGCAGUCCCCCGGAGAACAAGUCCCCAGAUGAGGCCACAGGGGCCGACCAGGAGUCGGAGGAUGAUCUGAGUGCUUCGAGAACCUCGCUGGAGCGCCAGGCCCCGCACCGCGGCAACACGCUGGCGCACGUGUGCUGGCACCGCAACACCAGUGUGUGCAUGGUGGAUUUCAGCAUCGCCGUGGAGAACCAGCUGUCGGGGAACCUGCUGAGGAAAUUCAAGAACAGCAAUGGGUGGCAGAAGCUCUGGGUAGUGUUCACCAACUUCUGUCUGUUCUUCUACAAGUCACACCAGGACAGUCACCCCCUCGCCAGCCUGCCCCUGCUGGGCUACUCACUCACCAUUCCGUCCGAGUCUGAGAACGUUCACAAGGACUACGUCUUCAAGCUGCAUUUCAAGGCCCAUGUGUACUACUUCAGGGCUGAGAGCGAAUACACGUUUGAGAGGUGGAUGGAAGUCAUCCGAAGUGCCACCAGCUCGGCUUCCCGAGCCCACAUUUUGAGUCACAAAGAAUCUCACCUGUAUUGAUGGCUGGACACAUCCCUUCCAGCCAUAGCUGCUUUCUUGGAGGAAAUAAUGAAAGCUAGCAGCAUCCACACCUGUCUGAACACACUGAGGAUCAGCAGAGGCUCUCACCCACCUCCCUCCACAGGACAGUAUCUCCAAACCUUGUACUAAUCUCUCCUUGGAACAGCCUUUCCCCUCCAGGCAAAGGGGCAGGAGGGCUUGACUUGCCAUUCCCGCGGGGUCACUUUAGCUUGUGCCAGUAUUGAGACAUCGUCAUCAGGAGUGCCAAAUGACAGUCUACCCCGCAAGCGCGCCCCAGCGCAGGGCCCGCGCAUCCCUUCACCUGAAGACACAAGUGCGCUUCUUUUCUUAGGAAGAAAUGUGUUCCUUUCGCCCGCAGACCGCUGUUUCCCAAGAUGGGUCUCUCCAGUGACUACAACACAUAGCGCAGUCUUAAGCAAAUGAGAUCGUUCUCGGAUUUUGUUUUUUUUUUCCAAGUCUUUCUACUUUUAUAAUAAUAGGGCACUCAUAGGACUCACUUCCCCUGACUAAUAAGCAAUUUGUGGCGCACUCCAUUCCACUGAGACCCUGGUUUUUUUUUUUUUCCCCUUGGUGGAAGCUGACCAGAUUGUUUGCGAUUCUUAUUUACAAACUGUAGCGGGGUUGUUUUUCCUGUUAAGAGAAGCAGAUAUCCAGUGCAAUACCCGGGCGUCACCGGCACGUGCGUGGCGUGUACACUGGGGGCUCUUAGGCUGUGAUGUUUUGCUGUCUGUUUCACAAGCAUGAGAAGCUGUAUGUCGUUGACCGGGACCGUUUGUGCUGUUAGGUUAUGCGGUGUCAGGGGCACUGUGGUGACGGUACGUAGUCCCAGCCCCGCUGACGGGACCCCACUCCUCCAGCGUCAUGGUUUGAACCUGCACAUUCUCCAGUAGUAUCUAUCGUGCCUGUCUUCAAGUCUUUUCUCCUCUUAUACUCAUUCCUUCUGGGCAUGGGGUACACAUGGGCGACAGCCCACAUCCUGUAGAUUCCUCUGGGGACUGGCUGCCAAACACUACCUGAGCCUCCCAGUGGAAGAACGUUUGCCUGUUCUCUAGGGUGACUGGGUGGCUGCCAUUCCCUUCAUGCAUAGAGCCUUCUAGAAUGCAAGAUGGCCACAUCAGCACAGUCUUCUCCCAGUGCCCUACAUCCCAGCAAGAAACAGACCCACCAAUGUCAAGGGGCUGUGGCUGGUGUCCACGACCCACUGAGGGAUGAGAAGUGAGAUGUGUUAAUCAUUUGCCUUACAAUGUACCAGAUGGUUCUAAGUACUAACAAAAGGGAAUAAAAAUACCUCACGCCACAAUCCAGCACACGGAAGUCUGAAGGCCAAACCA